UAAAAAUUCCUCCCAUACAGUAGAUGUAAUGGCGAAGGCACUAGAUUACUCAGAUUCAGAUUUCUCUGAUGAUGAUUUGUCACCUUUGGACAUAUCCUUUAACAAGGCUGCUGAUCAUUUGAAGAAAAUAACCUCAAAGUUAAACAAUAAUCAACUUUUAGAGUUGUAUGGAUACUUCAAACAAGGUUUAGAAGGGGAGUGCAAUGUUCCGAGGCCAGGUUGGAUGGAUGGGCGCGGACGUCGAAAAUGGGAUGCUUGGAAAGCUCUGGGAGAUAUGCCAAAAGAUGAAGCUAAAGAAAGAUAUGUAAAGUUAAUACAAAAGUUUGAUCCUGAUUAUGAAUCACCUGAAACAAAGGAAAGUACUGGUCCUAAAGAAACAUGGGUGGCUGUAUCUUCUAUGCUACAUACACCAGAACCUGAUUUAAAUCUCGAUGAGCUUUCCAUUUUGGAUGCAGCCCGGGAAAAUAUGGGUGACAUGAUCACAGAACUUUUAAAAAACAAUCCUGAGUGGAAACAUGAAAGAGAUGAAAAUGGGUUGACUGCACUACAUUGGGCUGCAGACAGAGAUGCCACUCUUUCACUCACUGCAGCCAUAAAGGGGGGUUGUCCAAUAGAUGCUGUAGAUGACUGUGGUCAGACCGCCUUACACUAUGCUGCAUCCUGUGGCCAUUUAAAAUCAACAAAGAUUCUUGUUGAUGCAGGUGCAUCUUUACUAAAAGAUGAAGAGGAUUGCACGCCUAAGGACUUAGCAACUGAUAAUGAAAUCCGGAAAAUUCUGGAGGGUGCUGAAUAGACUGUCUUGUGCCAGUUUUAGUUAGAAGUAAUAUUGUGUUUCGCUCACAAAAUAUGUAGUAUUAUUAUGGGAAUAAAUGCACUGACAUACA